AUGGCUAAUUUCUACUGUCGAUCUGGUGAUGGUCAAUUGCAUUACCUAGUAAGCGAUAAAAGUUCUCUUACUAGCGACGAAUUGCAGCAAUUAAUAUCCCGGCAACUGAACCUUCCAACGGAGAACUUUUACUGGACAGUGAAUGGUAGAACUUACGGCAACGAUGCAUCGAUUUACUGUGGCUUUGGCUCCAUGUUACGGUCUAUCGGUGCGCAAAUUGAAAAGACGACUAAUCGAGAGGCUUGCCGAGAUUUAUCUGGUCGAAGGAUGCGUGACGUUAAUAACGAAAAAAAAUUAGCAGACUGGGUUAAUGCUGAAGCAGAAAGGAAAAGGGAAAUAGAGGAAAGAAAGAAAGAACGCAUUCAACGUGUCUUAAAUCCAAUUGUAAAACCAUUUGAAGGCGAUCAAUAUGCCGCUCAAGUCCGUGCUUCUGUCGAUAGUGUGGAAGAUGCUCUAAAGCAAGGAUUAAAGAAUGCUCAAUCAAGCACUGAAGUUUCGAAAAAGCGAAAAGCGCUUACUGGAACAUCAGACUCGGUUAAGAAACGUAAAACUUGGUUUGACGAUAGUGAUAGUAGUACCGACGCUGACGAUGAGGAUUCCGAUGAAGACGUUAAAAAUACUGAUACUGUGACUGAAAAUUUAUCUGAAAGAUCCGAUAAUAAGGAAUUGAGUGAAGAUAACAAAGCUAGCGCUUCUGCAGCAGCUACUGAGAUUUCUUCACCAUCUGUCUCUACAUCCACUAGAGACACCACAUCAAAUGAAUCUACAAAAUGAUCUGGGCACACCCAGAAUAUGGCUUAUAUUAAAUAUUAAGCCUACUAGAUCUAUUAUGUGUCUUAUCGUUGC